GCAAUGUCCAUUAUUAAGAUACAUCUUUGCAUUUAAUCAGAACUUCUUUGAAACGCUACACUUUAAGAGAGGAGAAAGGUAUACAAAAACUCAAAAUCGAUAUUAGGAAUGAUGUCAAGUUCCCAAGCAUUUCCUGUUGUGCCUGCAAUGGAUUUGAAAAAUGUGUAUCUGAAGGAGACUCAUUUGACAUCAACUAAGAACUAUAUUCUUGAGGAAUCAACUAAAGUAAUUAGAGACUACAUAGAGAAAUAUAAAGAGCUUGUUGAUAAAAGGUGGGAAACGAAUCAGAAUUUGUUGACGAAAUUUCCUGUGGAAGAAGUGGAUGCAUAUGCAGAGCAUAGGCCAAAAAGGCUACGAUCCUCAAAAGAGAUAUUUGCAGGAUUAAAGCGGAAGAAAAAACGCAAGAUCAUUGCUCUACAAGGUAGAAGUCAUAAAAUUGCUCCAUCAGGAAAUGAAGUCUUGUAA